GUUGUUCUGAUACCAGUCUCCUGCUAUUAAUAUUUUUAGCAUUUCGUUUGGGGGUCUUAUCUUUUCCCUGAUUUUGCCUAGACAAUGAAUAUGAUAAGAAAUGUCUACUUUCGGUUUUUUACUUCUAAGAACUACACUCCACAUUUCACCGAGCAAACCACUUUUGUAACUUUCUUGUGGUUCAUUCAAGCAUUUGAAGCUCAAAGUAUUUUCCAGGUUCAGUUAAAACAUUUUAUAUUCUCUCUCUCUGCAACCACACUGUUAUUGAUUAAUGUGAACAGCUUCUCUCGGCGAGUCGACCAGAGUGAAGACUGAAAACAUUGUCACCUGUGGAAGCUUUAGGAGAGAUAUGGGCCCAGCGUUCAGACUACAGGCUCCAGGUGAAAGUCUGGACAGUUUUGCUCAGAGACAGAUUACAACAACACCUUUGGAAAGGACCAGAUUCGGCCAAGAUGUUGACACAUUUGUACAGAUUUUGCAUUUUAAAGCCUUUUGUGGCUCAUACACCGUGAAAGAAGUGGUAAAGAGUGGCUCACUGGGCAAGGGGACAGCAGUGAGGGACCUGGCUGACAUCGACCUUGUCGUCUUCAUCAAUGGCCUGACCAGCAUCGCAGACUUGCAGGCAAACAGAGGCAGGCUUCUUAAUGACCUGGAGCAAAAAGUCAAAAAUGUUUUGGGUAUCUCUCCAGUCAAACGCACCCAGUAUUCCCUGUCCUUUAACUGGAACGGACACAAGGUGGACAUCUUGCCGGCAUUUGAUCUUCUGUCGAGGUAUGGAGGGUCACCUGCCGAUAUCUAUAAUGCCAUGGUACAGUUCGGACCAAAUGCAGCUCUAGAGUUUUCUGCAUCAUUAGCGCCACUUCAGGUGCAGUUCGUGAAGCCAGUGCCUGAGCAUGUCAAGAGAGUUAUCCGCCUGCUAAAGCUAUGGGCAGAGGAAAAUGGCCUCAAUAUCCGAUCCUACACACUGGAACUGCUGACAAUAUUCCUCUGGCGCAGCCGAGGUGGGGGAAACCCCGGCACUGACUUUCUCUUUUAUGAGGCGAUAAAGCAGCUGGUGUGCUGUGGUUCUCUUCGCAUCGCUUUUGGUGACAACUACAACAGCUCCUUCUACACCCGCCUCAUGACACCACCUUACGUUCUGGACCCAGCUAAUCCCUACAUGAACACCCUGUCUGGGGCGGACACUGUGAGAAUCUCUAUUCAAGCCAUGGUAACCUUCAUGAGAUUGUAUAUCUGAGACUACAGACUCUGCGAGAAGAAAACUUCGGGCCCAUGCACCAUGCACCAGAACUUACAUACCUACGUCUAUAUACACAGAGCACAUCAUCAACUUUUGUUUCUGUAGUCGUUGUGCUUAUCCUGGUAAUGUUAAGUGCAAAGAGCCUGGCUACAUGCUAGGAUUCCACGCAUUACCAGAAACUUAAUUCUUAUUUUCUAUAAUUAUUACUAAAUAUUUCUCACAUGUGAUCGGUCCCUCUCGUCAUGUAGUCGACUCGUCUAAUAUGUAAAGAAAUGUACAAGAUGAAUGUCAUAGGUUUAAGAUAAGCCUUAGAUAAAUUACACAGGUGGACUGACAUCCCCUCUAACUCUAUAAAUGUAGAUGUUUUAGAACAAGUCUGUUUAUUUCUUAAUGAAAGUAGCACAUUGAAGAAUUAAUGGUUUAUAUAACGAACUGCUGUGAUAAUGUUAGGUUAGCAAUCACUAUUUUUCACAGUGAAACAGGCAAACAAACUUGUCCCUUUUCUUCAUAAUCGCAGACUCUAGAGCUCUCACCUUUAUGUUAGUACAGAAAGCUAAUUAAAAGGAGAUAGUAUUUUCAGGAAAUGUUCUGAGCAUUUGUAAAGUAUAUCCUAAUCAUCUUUGUUUUGCUGAGUGAUUUUUUUAUAUUAUAUUUAUUACUUAAAUCCAAAUAUUUUUAGUAGUAUUUUAUUUUGUCUGAAAGUAACUGUAGAAUUUGCAUGCGGCAAAUAGCUUAUUGACAUUUUUGGGGUUAAUUUUUUUGUGUAUAUUCCGCGGGCUGCUUAUUUUGAUUAAAAAAAAACAACUAACAAGAAUACUACAAGCUUUGGGCAGUGCAUGAAGGUCACUGCCAGAUCCCUUUCAUGUCAGAGCUUGUUAGAAUGUCAUGUUAUUGAUGUUUUUAACACUGUAAUAUAACUCUUUAUUAUUUAAAAUAUUAAACCUAACUGAAAGCUAGCUGUUGAACCUUUCAUUUGAUUAACAGAAAUUGAACGAAGGAAUCAAGACCGUUAUGUUUGAAGCAUGUUUGAUUGUUCUUGUCACUUGAUCUCACUCGGAAUUCUGCUGGCGACUGUUUGCCUAGCAGAAAUUGGAGAAUAUAACUUUCUAGUCAUUUA